AAACACAAAGCAUAAAACGGCGAGAGAAAGAAGCAAGAGCAUCGUCCGCAUCAGCAACAUAAAUGCCUUUGGAUUGGCGAAAUUUUCGCACAUAAACAAACCAACCUACACACGGUCCGGUUCGGUGGUUUCUGGAGCGCGCGCGUACGACUGUGUCCUUGGCCAGUGUUGGGUUGUUCCUUUCGUUGGGUCCUUGGAAAAGUAACUGCUAGUGUUCAUUUGUGAAGAAAAAAUGUUCAACAUCCGGUCGUCCCCGAAAAAGUCCUCCGGCGCUGGUCCACUGCAGGGCUACAAAAUCACCAACGAAUUGAGGAGCAAGAAAUACGGAGUGGCCGCCAAUUCGCUCCGGAUGCUUCGGAUGAAGGCUGAAGAAAAAUUCAAGCUGGAAAAUUGUCGCGUAUAUCUGGCCCAGGACGGCGUAGAAGUCCUAGACGAGGACUAUUUCCGCACCCUCCCAGCGCAGGUCCUGUUCGUGGUGGCCGAGCGGGACACCAUCGUAAAAACUGACUUUGAGCUGAUGUAUGACGCAAUCCAGCAGACCCAUAGCGAGCUGAUUGAGGCGGGCAGCCUGGCGAAGCAGUUCGUGAGCAACAACCAGACGCAGAUCGCCCGGAUGCUGGAGGAGGCGCAGCGCGCCCAGGACGAGCGGACCGCCAAGAGCCGGCGCAGCGAGCACGCCGAGUGGUUUGAAGGUUUCGACAGCCGGGCGGGCCAAACGAAGGAGGAGAUCAUGCAGCGCCGCGGCCAGGACCGGAUCCGGGGUUACUUUUACAAAACCAAGGACGAGCUGACCAAGUGCGCCAUCUACCGGGGCAACGUGAUGGCGAAGGAGCUGAUUGACGAGAUGCUGGAGCUGUUCCGCCAUCUGCUGAUAGGUUUCGACUAUUUUAGCGCUAUUUUUGACCGCAGCCAUUCGGCGCGGCUGCCGGACAACGCGGAGGUUUCAGACCUGGUCGUGGGAAGUGGCGAACGGGUCGUUGCUGCUGCUGCUGCGUCGCCGGAAGGGCAGGAAGAUGAAGUGGACGCUCAGCGGAUCGUGCCGAAGCGGAUGAAGCUGGCGAUUAAGGAGACGCUGGAGAAGGACGGCAACGCGAUCGAGCGCUACCGGGUGGCGUUGUGCAAUUCUCGGGGCGAGUUCCGCUGCAUGGGGCUGUGGAACGAGCGCAAGUGCAAGUACGGAGCGCACGUGAUCAAUCCGUACGCCAGCCGGGAGAACAUGAUUCUGUUUCAGGUGUGGAAUUUGGACCACCAGGUCGAGAUAAGCCGGUCGGUGCUGCCGUCGAUCGUGCAGAACGUGGCGCGGGUCGUCGCGAAAGAGGCGGAUGCCAUGUGUCGGGUGCACAACCGGCGAGGUAAGAAACUCUCUGUGAUUACCUACUUUAUCGAGCUGUUUACGCUCGGCAACCUGAAGCUGGUGCACAUCGUGUGCCACGACAAAAGUAUUCACGACAUGAUCUCGAGGGGGGCGAUCAUUUGCGAAAAGUGCGCCGAGUACAAGUAUAUUAAGGAAUUCCAAAGCAAAAUACGCUUCAAUAAAAACGCUUUAAUGUAGGGUUAAAUGUAUAGAGGA